AUGCUCCGCAUCGCCCGGCGCCGCGUGUGCACCGCGGGCGGCGGCGGCAGCGCCUCUGACCGCUUCUGGGCGUGGACGACGCAGCAGCGGCCGUCGUGGAGGGAGUCGCCGACCGAGGCUGCGGUCGCCUUCUGCGUGUUUGGCGUCACGGGCUCCACGAGCGUGGCGCUCGUGCGGCCCGCGCUCAAGCGGACCAUCGGGCUCGAGGGCUCGAUGCGCGAGGGGCCGUGGUCGUACCGCAUCACCUCACUCGUCGCCGUGUCGCCCAUCUAUGCCACGCUGCUGGUCAGCUUUGGCACGGUCGCCGGCCGACAUCGCUACUUUGCCUACAUGGCGAACAAGAUAUUUGGCCGCUUCCUGCCCAAUUUCGUGAUGAAGCGCAUCUCGGAGACGGCCGGCUGGUGUUUCCCUGGCUCGCGAAUUGUCAAGUGA